AUGAUCAAAUCUGAAGUUGCAAGUGGAUCAACUUCGACCCCACCAAUACCUACAAACAAAUUAACUCCAGUUCAGAUCCAACAAGCAAAACAACAAUUAUUAAGACAACAACAACUUCAACAACAACAGCAGCAACAUCAAGCCCAACAACAAGCCCAACAACAGCAAUUAAAACAAAAAUUUAAUCUUAAAAAUUAUCAUUUUGCUUCAUCAACUGAAGAAAUACUACGUAAAUAUUCAAAAUAUCCUGCUUCAUUAAGUUUACAUAUUUUCGAGAAUUAUUACAGAUUCAACAAUUCACAAGAUUCUCAAAUAAUACCGAAAAAUUCACCAAUGAUUAAAAAUUUCAUGAAUCAUGUAUUAAAGGAAGAAAUCCCCGUUGAAAUGAGUGAAUUAUUAAAAGAUUUUGCUAUAAAAUCUUAUGAUGGUUGUUUAAUUUUACAAGUUUAUGAUCAUAGAAAUAUGAUAAAGACAUUUGCUUAUGUUAAUAGGAAUUUACCAUCACCACAAAAAGAUCCAAAAAAUGAACCAACGGUUGUAAUGAAACCAAGAACUUAUAGAACUUUAUUACGACCAACUCCAUUAUCAAUAUAUUAUGAUUUAUUAUACCACACAGAUUCUGCAUUAACUAAAUUUACUGAUACUUUAUCACUACAGAUGGAAUCUGAAAUCUUAACAUUAACAAAUAGAGAAUUAGAUUUAUCAGUAAAAUUAAAUCCAUAUGAUUAUUCUCAUCUAAGGCCAGAAAUUGAAACUGAAAAAAUCGUCAAAGAUGAAAACGAACCCGAAGAUGGAGUUGAUAAAAUUAUAUAUCUGCAUAGAGAAUCUGUUGAAGUUCCACCUCGUAAAAUACAUCAAGAUGAAUUGGUAUUACAUAAAUCAUCAGAAUAUGAAGAACUUAUGAUUUUACUUUCAAAUAAAAAUAAACGUUUUGAUGAUAAUCAAGAUAAGAAAUUAGUUAUAGUGAACCCUACUACAAUGCCAAGUACAUCCACUGCUCAAUCAGUUCCAGUUUCAAAACCAUCAAGUAAAGAGAAUUCUGUUGGUGCAGAUGGUAAAACCAAAAAGAAUGAUAAAACAACUACUCAAAACAUUCCUGCUCCAGUUACUAUGGCAUCAAAUCCAGUUAGAGCUACUGGUCAAUUCAUGAGAUUAAGAUUAAUUGAAGAAAUAAGGAAGAAAAGAGAACUAGAAAAAAGUCAACAAGAAGCUAAAAUUCAAGCUCAAGCUAAUUCAGUUCAAAAUGAUAUGAUGCAAUCAGUUCCUGAAAUUCCUCCACCAAAAGUCAAUGGAGUAAGUGAUGCACCAACACCAGCACCAACUAAUAAAAGACAAUAUUCAAAUUCUUCACAAACUCCUGCUACUAAAAGAGCUAAAAAAGAUACUAAAAAAUCAAUACCUAAUCCAUCACAAUCUCCUCAAGCACCAAGUCAACAAACACCUCAUAUCCCACCAGAAUCGCAAAUACCUAUUAAGAAUGGAGUUAUGUCUUCAACUUCAACUUCACAAAUUCCUUCAUCAAAAAAUACUCCAAUGAUUCCAAAUCCAGGUGUGCCAAUACCCGCACAACAACAGCAACAAAGAAUGAGUCAAACUUCAACACCUCAACAAUUACCUAUGGGAACGCCAAGCAUAGGUCAAGCUCCAAUUCCCCACCAACAACAACCACUUCCUCAACAACAGCAACAACAACCAAUGUCACAAGCACCAAUGACAAAUCAAAACCAACAAGUACCACCUCAACAACAACAAAGACCUCAAACUCAACCCCAACAACAACCCCAAUUAACAUUACAACAACAGCAACAUCAACAAAUUUUCCAAAACUCUUUGAGUAUAGAAGAACAACAACUCUAUAAACAAAUUCAAUCCAAAAUGCAAGCAUUAGCAAUGAUGGGUCAAACAGGAGUUGCCCCCAAUGGUCAACAAUUAUCAGCACAACAUAAACAACAAGCAUUACAACAAGUUAAAGUAUUACAACAACAAUUAUUAUCUAAAUUUCCUAUAUAUUUUCAAAGAUUAAAACAAUUUCAAAUAUUUCAACAAAAGCAAAAACAAUUACAACAACAAAAACUUCAACAACAACAACAACAACAACAGCAACAAAGUGGUGGAAUGAAUGGUCAAGCUCAGCUGUCUAUGAUGCAUAAUAAUAUGAGUAAUGGUUCAAUGAAUAUACCACCACAACAAUUUCCAAAUCAACUAAAUAACUCAGUUCCACCAGUUGCCCAAGCACCACCUCAACAACAACAAGUAGAACCGAAAAAGAAAAGAGCAUAUAAGAAAAAAACAGCACAAACCUAA